UAAUUUUUUUUUAAAGACAGGGAGUAUCAAGAACCUAACAGUUUCAACUCCUUAUCUAAAAUUAUUCUUUCUUUUUAAUUUAUUGGUGUGUGUUGGUGGUGGGGGUAUAAAGGAAGCAUAUUGAAUCUUCACCAUGUCACUAUUUUAGUUUAGUAUAUAAAUAGCUUCAAAGGGGGGUUUCAAAUUCAUCAUCACUUCAACAACUUAUCAUUUUCCUCUUAUAUUACAUUAAUCUUUUUUUUUUUCACUAAUUAAAAAUGGAGUCAGUGAAGAAAAUGGUAGCUGAAAAGCCAGUGGUUAUGUUUAGCAAAAGCAAGUGUUGUAUGUGUCACACAAUAAAGACACUUAUAUCAAGUUUUGGUGCUAAUUUAACUGUAUAUGAAUUGGAUGAGCUUCCCAAUGGGUUACAAGUGGAGCGAGCACUGAUGAUGCUAGGCCUAAGGCCUAGCGUGCCAGCAGUGUUCAUUGGACAAGAAUUAAUUGGCGGUGCCAAUGAGAUUAUGAGUCUUCAUCUAGAGGGAAAUCUUGUUCCUCUGCUUAUGAAGGCUAAAGCUCUUUGGCUAUAGUGUAUAUAUAUUUACUUUUUUUUCUUACUUUUGGUAUACGAAAUUUACUGGCAUGACUAAUUUAGAAUCAUGUCCAAUAUGGUGGUCAAACUACACUCCACCUUGUAGAAAGUGCAUAUUAACACCUAGUAAGUUUGGUUUUCUCAAUGUUUGUGGAAUUGAGCAUCUUUUAUGUAACAUGCUCAAUGAAAACUCUGUUUUGUCAAACAAGAGUCCUUAAGGUUUCUUCAAACAUUGUAAUAAUAAAUUAUAUGUAUAAUAUAAUGUUAUGAGACUUUUCUAGUCACUCUUA